AUGGAAAAUAAGAUUAAAAAGGCUAACACUUUUUAUGUAGUUAGUCAUCGACCAUCGAAUGAGGGUUUGGUAUCUCCUUCGGGAGAAUCUAUUAAAUUUAGCCUAAGUAUAAAAACAGAAUAAACAAAACAUCACUUCUUGAAUUAAAAAAGUUGUUUUUAUCCACAUAUUCAUUAGGUCUAGGAAAUUGGCAUUAGAAUAAUAAAUGAAACGAUUGAACAAUAAGAGAAGAUUGAUGAGGACUUUUAGAAAAGUAUAUCUAAUAAGCAUGUUUCUUUCGAUUGCCAAAUAAAUGGACUCCAAAAAAUUGAAGGGAAACCAUAAAAAGAAGAUACAAGAAUCACUCAUCUAUCCACUAAGGAGGAUAGGUUUAAAAAGUUAUGGGAUAUUUUUAUGUUGAUUGUGUUGAUAUAUUGUUCCUUUUACAUCCCUUUUGUGGCAGCUUUUGAAGAUGAACAAACUGUCUAUAAUGUUAGUAAAUGGAUAUUCUCAAUUAUAUUUUGUAAUACAUCAUCCAUAUUCCUAGCUGCUGAUAUCAUUAUAUUGAUGAGAAUGUGUUACUAUGAUGAAAAUAAUAAUUUAGUUCAAGAUUCUAUUUCAAUAGUCAAGCACUAUUUAUUUGGCUGGUUUAUCAUCGAUAUCAUAUCAGUGAUUCCAUUUCAUCCAAUAAAUAGUAAGUUCUUCUUCUCUGAAUUAAAAUAAGAUGUAACCUUCUAUAUAUUUAAUAGCUUGGAGUUUAUGUUUGAUUUUUUAGACGUGAAAUAAGCAGCCCUAUUUUAGAUUUUGUUUUUCAGUUUAAUUGGAUUCCACUAUUCUACUUGUCUCUGGGCUUUAUCAAGGUAAUGGUCAGAUCAAGGCAUACCUCAAUAUAUCGAUGCUAUUUACUGGGCUAUGUAAACUUUAUCUACUACUGGAUACGGCGAUGUGGCUCCUACAAGCAUGAUUGAAUACAUAAGUACAAUUGUUUGCACACUUUGUGGUGGUAUAUUUAUGAGUUUGGUGAUUGGCAAUUUGAGUUCUAUUCUUGCUGAUAUUGACACUGAAAGUUAAUUUAAUACGACAUUAAACAACCUAAAGAUCUUAUUUAAUUAAGUCACUAUACUUCCUGAUUAUAAAUCAGAAAUAACCAAUUUUAUAGUUACUAAUCAUAAACACAAUUUGAGUUGGUCUGUGAAUUAAGAAGAAUGGUUCAAGAUUCUACCUCAAGAUCUAUAAAAUAAGAUAUUGUUGGCUGUAGCUAAAAAAGAAUUGCUGGGGAUCUCUUUAUUUAGAAUCUCUAUUCCCUUCUCAUUAAAAGCCAUUAGACAUAUUGGUCUGAUGAAGGCUAAAGCAGGAUAGCUUCUUUGGUUAAAAGGAGAUCCAGUAGAUGAAAUCUAUUUUCUUGUUGAAGGAAUGGUUCAAUAUCGAAAUUAGUUUGGGAAAGAAUUACUGGAAAUUCAAGCAGGAUCAAUUUUUGGAGAACAAGAAUAUUUUAACAGACGAUAAAUAAUUAAAAGAUAAUAAUAGCGUGGUUAAUAUGCAAUAGCAAAGUAGGAUUGCUAUUACUUGAUUAUUAGGAAUUCUCAUUUUUUUAAAUAUUUAAAGGAGUUUCCAGCCUUGUAGAAAUAUUUGUAAAUGCUAGCCGAACAUAGAUUGGAUGAUAUUUUGAUUAGAUUCAAACAAUAUGAAAUUGAAGCAGAAAAAGAGAGAGCUAGUGCUUAGAAAUUAGAAUUGAUCAAAUCUGCAAAUAGAAUAGAAGUCAGAGAUUACAAGGGAAUUAUGAAACAUAAAUAAAGUGUGAUAUAUGACACUAGGUAAAGCAAUACUGAAAGCAUUCUAGAACGCUUAUUAAAGAAUAGGAUUACAAAACUCAAUAUGUUGAAGGAUAGGUUUAGAAAGGUUGUCUAAAUGAUCAUAUUUGCUAAUAGAACCUUAGAAAAACAAUAUUUGUCAUCUAAAGCAACAUCAGUUCAAAAUUCAUAGUCGAAUCUUUUUGCAAGAAAGGUCAAAGCCAAUCAAGUUGUACCUAUGGGCAUCUUAUUGAAAAUGAGAUAAAAGUUCAUAGAAAUCAAACAGCAUAAGAAGAUUUCUUUAGAAAGGAGAAAUGAAUUCAAAAGAGUAUUUUAAGGAUUAUUCUAAAAUAAAAUUGAUCUAACUAAUUCAUUACCCAAAAGUGAUAGUUAAGAAUUUCAGGAAAAAAAGAAGAAUGUAAUAUCAAUUCGCAAUCCUUCUUAAAAACUAGAUGAAUUUUUUACAUAAAUGAAAACAUUAGAAAGAAAUCUCAAUUUAGCAUAGUGGGCAAUUCAUGAAAGCUAAAAGGAUUUGGAGAAGGAACUAUAGAGUAUAAACAGAUUGUUUGAUAAAUAAGACUUCACCAAAUUGAUUUGA